AAUAAACAUAAGGUCAUAGAGCAGUGGAAAGAAGAGUGACCAAAGCAUUUGAUGGUAAAUGGCGAAUAAGAUGGUAAGCGAAAUGGGUCUUCCAAAAUCCAUAGCCAAUAUUUUUGCUGCUCGUAACCUUAUUACUGCCAAGUUUUUGUUUCUGUACAUCAAUAGGUGCCAGAGUAGGGUGAGGAAAAACAUUGAUCAUGGGCGAGUGCGGGAAAUAAGUCUUCAGAUAGAUUACUGAUGGUUUCAACCAUCUGUCAAGAGUGCAUAUGUGUCUUCUUUUCCCUUAUAAUUUAGCACCCUGGUUUAACUGCAGCACAGAUCCCACCUGGAACAAACAAGAUGUAUUUUCAUUGACAGAAUUUGAGUUGAUGGAAUUGCUAGAUGUGGAUUUAGCUGUAGUAACAUCAGCGGUGGCUCACAUCAGUGAAAUGACAUGCCCUCCAUACCAGACUGCACUUUCAUUGUUGGAACAGCGUCGUCAAAAUGAGAACAUGGCUGGCCAUCUUCCAACUUCUCUAAAAGGACUUGACAAUGCUUUGUGUGGUGGAAUUCCUUUUGGUGUUGUGACAGAGUUAGUGGGUCCAGCAGGCAUUGGUAAAACCCAGUUCUGCUUGAAGCUUUCAUUAUUAGCUUCUCUUCCUUCGAGUUAUGGUGGCUUAGAUGGUUCUGUAAUUUAUAUCGAUACAGAAUCCAAAUUUAGUUCAAGGAGGUUGAUAGAAAUAGGAUUUAAUAGCUUCCCAGAAGUAUUUCACACUGAAGGGAUGGCACAGGAGAUGGCUGGAAGGAUCAUGGUUCUAAGGCCAACAUCACUUUCUGAAUUUACUGAUAGCUUGCAGAAAAUCAAAGUUUCACUAUUUCAACACAGUGUGAAGUUGCUGAUCAUUGACAGCAUGGCUGCUCUUCUUUCAGGAGAAGGUGUACAAGGACCUCAGAGACAACAUUCAUUGGGUUGGCAUAUAUCAUUUAUUAAAUCAGUUGCAGAAUUUUCACGAAUUCCUGUAGUGGUGACCAACCAAGUGAGAUCUCAAAGUCGUGAUGAAAUUUCCCACUAUUCUUUCCAAGACAAGAACAAAGGUGAAGGUCCAGAAGCUGCCACAAAACCUGAUUCUCAUCUUGUUGCCGCUUUAGGGAUCCACUGGGCUCAUGCUGUUAGUAUUCGUCUUAUAUUUGAAUCAAAAUCAGGUCAAAGGUUCAUAAAAUUAGCAAAAUCUCCACUAUCUCCGCCUCUUGCAUUCCCUUUCAACGUAACUUCUUCUGGGAUUUCAUUGCUUAAUGACGAUGGAGUGGAAAUGCCAGGGCCAGAGAUACAUUCAAUAAGUUGGCAAGGUCACAACAACGUUAUUAAUUUCGUUAGUGAAAUGAUGCAUUGAGCUCCAGAAGCAAAGUUACCUUGUCCAAUGUAUAGCCCUAUAGGCGUGUUGGUAAGAUUUUUUUCUCUGAACCCUCGGACUUCCCUUUGUCAUUCAAUCUUAACUCCCCCGGUCAUAUCUUUUUUAGGUGUAAAUUCCAUGAGUUGACUAACUAAAGAUGAUUGACUUGUAAACGAAGAUUCACUUGGUCGUAUAUGUAGUUCAAGUUGGUGGAUUUACAAUGCCGUUGGAUCCAUUUUGCAGUCUCUGUUCUUUUUAACUGCCAUACCGGUAUCUAGAAAUUGCAGUUCUUAUAUGUGACUGAAGGGAUGUUGUUUGCUUUGUCAUCUACAUGUAUAUAUUCCAGAAAAAAUGAGGCAAACUUUUUUCUUUGGUUCA